AAUCCAGAUAGUUCGAAAUCUUAAAAUAAGAAUAAAGUUUCACUUUUUUCUCAAACUUUUCUUGAAGAAAGUAAAAGCUUCCUUAAUUCACGUCAAGAAUCCAUUCCCUUCCUGUGUGUUGCUCCAUUAUUUCACGCAGUUCCAUGAACCAUUACAACCCCAUUUCUCUUUUUUCUUUGAUUUCUCUCUUCCUCCACUUCUUAUCUCUCUCCAGGACCUAGACUUGGAGUUUUACUCACUCCUCUUUCUCUGCUUUCUCUAAUGGCAAAUGUCGUGGAAGUGAAAGUUGGUUUGCACUGUGACGAUUGUAUCAAGAAAAUCCUCAAAGCAAUAAAGAAGAUAGAAGAUAUUGAAACGUAUAACGUGGACACAAAACUGAACAAGGUGAUCGUUACUGGCAACGUGACAACAGAAAAAGUGAUCAGAGUCCUUCAAAAGAUUGGCAAGAAUGCAAUUGCUUGGGAAGAUGAUCAAAGCGAUAACUGAGUAGUUUAGGGUAUCAUUUUUCAUACUAUGUAAGGUGGAAUUUAAUAAUUUAUAGAUUGUGAACUGUUUAAUUAUAUUAUUAAAUUUCAAUUGCAACACUUCAUAUU